AUGGAAAACAAGUCAAGGUCUCGCAAACGCCUGGUCAUCCCCGAGACCAGUUCAGAGUGUUCGCGCUCGCGUAGCAGAUCGAGCAGCCGGUCGAGGCGUCACAGGAGAGCAACGCCGCGUAAGCGAUCGCGACGGAGCGGAAGAUUUCAAGAGAAUAGUUGCCGCCGAAGGGUUCGGGGUGGCACACACACAUUGAACGCAAGUCUGACGCCGUCGCCGUCAAUUAGUCGCUCCAAUGACGGUACUUCUGGUACAGCAGGUACGUCAGAGAAUGCAAUUAUUUCUACACUUCUUGAGUUUAUGCAAAGUCUAAAAAGGGACAAUAAUAGUGAACGCUUUCCCGUGAUGAAUGUGAUUCCUGAGUUUGAUCCAUCCAAACGAAAUCAAACAAUUCACACGUGGAUCUCAAAAGUUAACGAAUGCGCUUCCAUUUAUGGAUGGACAGACAAACAAAUAGCUUACUAUGCGUUACCCAAGUUAGUAGGAUUGGCUCAACGAUGGUAUCAAGGGUUACCAAGUGUAAAAUUUUCAUGGUCAGAAUGGGAAAAUAAAUUAGCUUUAGCAUUCCCAAGUGAAGAAAACUUCGGACAGUUGUUAACGGAAAUGCUUGCUUGCAAGGCACGUUUUAAUGAUUCAUUAGAAGAAUAUUUUUACGAUAAAAUGGUUCUAUUAAAUAGAUGUAAAAUAAGUGGAAAAGAUGCAAUUGACUGUAUCUUAUUUGGAAUUGAAGACAGGUCCGUCCGAACUAGCGCAGAAGCAGCUCAGUUCAGAGAACCUGAUAAAUUGUUAGUAUAUUUAAGAAAUGUCAAAGCUAAUAAACGACUAGAAAAAUCAAACAUAACCUUGCAAGCGAGUACUUCAGAUAAACGUGUUAAGCAAAUAGGUCAGAGUAGUGUUCCUAGGUGUUAUAAUUGUGGGGAGGAAGGCCAUCCAUAUUUUAGAUGUAAACAACCCAUUAAAGAAAUUUGUCACAGGAUAGGUCAUGUAGGUAGCAACUGUGCUAUCAAAACUAAGGGUAGUUCAACUCGCUCUGAUACCACGAAUAAUAAAUCUGUUUCGUGUAUAUAUCAAAAUCAAAACAGUGACGAAAAGUACUAUAAAAACGCUGUUGUUGAGGGUCGUGAUUUAAAUUGCUUUAUUGACUUUGGAAGCCAGUGUACGAUGCUCAAAGAAUCCGUUGCUAAAUGUUUAGGUACAACUUGGUCGACUAAUGAUUUGCCAGUUUUGAGAGGGUUCGGUAACUCUCUAGUAAAUUGUUUAGGUAAAUGCUCACUUUCUAUAAAAGUAGAUUCUGUUAGUGCUCAAGUAGAUGUGCUCAUCGUACCUGACAGUUAUUUGCGCGAAUCCUUAUUAAUCGGACAAACAUUUACGGAACAAGAUCACGUCGUAGUAUACAAAACUAAAAAUGAAUUGAAAUUGUUAGAUAAAUGUACACAACUAAAAGAUAAAAUUCUGGUAUUUGUUUCCGAAUUGGUGACAGUCAAAGAUCUUACAGAGAUUAAUGUUCAUUCUGUACCUGUGCAUGAUGGGGACAUAUUGGUGGAGUCAAGCGUUAAUCAGCAAAAAAAAUAUCAAUUAAUAGAGUGCAUUACUAAACUGCAAAACGGUAAGGGUAAAUUGAUUGUAAAGAGCCUUGACCAAUCAGGCGUUGAGUUACAAAAAAACACCUUAUUGGUUCGAGCUCAACCAUGUAAAGAAAUUAAAACUUUACUAAUAAAUAGAAUCGGAACUGACACUAAAUCUCCCCCAGCUAUUAUUACAAAGAAAAUGAUUAAUACCAGUGAAAGUUUUGAUAAGACAGAAGAAUUAGCUAGUCUGUUGAAUCAAUAUAGGGAUUGUUUCGCUUUCCAAGUUAAAGAACUAGGUUGUGUAGCAGGGGUGGAAAUGAACAUUAAUCUAAAAGACUUUACACCAGUAGUAUACCGACCUUACCGCCUAUCUUAUUCGGAGCGAGAAGUAGUCCGGGAUAUGGUUAAUGAUCUAAAAGAGUCUGGAAUCAUAAGAGACUCUAAAUCAGAAUAUGCUUCCCCUAUUUUAUUAGUUAAAAAGAAAACUGGAGAUUAUCGGCUAUGCGUUGAUUUUAGGAAUUUAAAUAAGAAAACCAUUAAAGAGCAUUAUCCUUUACCGCGAAUAGACGAUCAAUUAGACAAUUUGUCCGGUUAUAAGUACUAUACUACAUUAGAUCUUGCCUCUGGUUAUUAUCAGAUCCCUAUGUCCGAAACCUCAAAGGCCAUCAAAACUUAUUUCCACACUUUUGGUGUUCCAAAACGAUUAAUAUCAGAUCGAGGUACUUCUUUCACAUCUAAACGUUUUCAAGAAUUCUUGAGACAGCUUGGUGUAAAACACAUUUUAAAUGCAAUUGCGACACCUCGUGCCAAUGGCCAGGUUGAGCGGUAUAACAGGACAGUGUUAGCGGCUCUCUCAGCUAGCAAUCACGGUAAAUCUGAAUCUCUGUGGGAUGAAUGCGUGUCUGAAAUACAAAUGGGGCCUAAAUAA